AUGUUCUGUCCUGUUCUAUGCAACUCUUCUCUUAAGAUGAAGACACUUGUAUUGGUAGUUUGUGCUUUCAUUUAUACAGACGCUGCCUCGGUACCGAAAUGGAGACAGAAAAGGUCCGUGAAAUUCAGUCAUUGGCCGAUAGCUGCGGGUAAGAACUGGUUCCCGGAUGACGGAACAAGUGGAACUGGCGAUGGUAGCUACCCAGGAGGACCUGGUGGACUACCUGGGGGCGAUGGCAGUUACCCUGGGGGACUACCCGGGGAUGGUGGUGGAGGAUGGUUUCCAGGAGCGACAACUACACCGGUUCCAAUAUCAUGCAAUGAUGCAGGAGGAUAUUGUCUUUACGAGGCAAACUGUGGUGCAGAACCAGGUCCACAGUACGUGUGUGAAACGGAGGGUCUCGUCUGCUGUUUACCACCUGUCUUACCUGAUUCAACAUGCGGAGUUACUAAAGAAGCCAGUACAAGAAUCGUUCAUGGUUCGGAGGCUGAGCAUAACAAAUGGCCCUGGCAAGCAUCUCUCCAGACACUAUCCGACUUUCAUUUCUGUGGAGGAUCACUAAUCCAUGAACAAUGGGUUAUCACUGCUGCUCAUUGUGUGGUAGAUGGAAGGGAAAUGAAAGUAGUCCUAGGUGAACAUGACAGAACAAUUGCACAUGGACCAGAAGUGACUGUCAAUGUUGCAAAGCAAAUCCUGCAUGAAGGUUACUCUAAUGAUGCACCCUACCCUAAUGACAUCGCUUUGUUAAAGCUAGAAACACCAGUGCAAUUCACUGAUGAAAUAAGCACGGCUUGUAUACCUUCAGCUGGAGAGAGUUUUACAACUGAAGACAAUUGCUGGAUUUCAGGAUGGGGAGAUACGAAGGAUACUGGAGAUGAGACCAAGCUUCAUGAACUUAAGAAGACAAUAACAGAUAAUCCAACAUGUGCCAAUAAAUGGGGAGCUGGUAAUAUCAUGGAUACACAUAUCUGUGUUGGAAAUGGUGAUAAGGGAGCAUGCAAUGGUGAUUCUGGAGGUCCUUUAUCCUGUCAGAAAGACGUAUGGUACCUGGCAGGAGCUACAUCCUGGGGAUAUAAUGGUUGUCAGACAGAAGGGUAUCCCAAUGUGUACACUAGGGUGUCAGAAUACAGAGACUGGAUCAAACAUCAUAUCAGAAUUAAUAGAGACUAAGUAGCAGAUAUAUUUACAGAAAAGGAACGUCAUAUGAGAAUAAAUAGAAAAUAAGAUAUGUUAACAGAAUGGAAACA